AUGGGUAUCCGAGGCUUGUGGACGUAUAUUCAAAGUAACAGUGAAAACUUCUCCUCGUAUGAAUUGCAUAACCAACCUUUAGUUAUUGAUGCUGAAAACUUCGCUUCUCUCUGUUAUCGUCAAGCUGCUUUGCGAUGUGAAUAUGGUGGAGAGUAUUUGGCAUUUAAAUGUUAUGUCCAGUUAUUCCUAAAACAGUUUCGUAUCUGUCGUGUGAACCCAAUCUUCGUUUUUGAUGGAUGUCAUUCUAAAGAGGGAUCAAAAUUGGAUACUUUGUUGAAGCGAAACAUUGACCAAUUUAAUAAACUCUCAUCAGCUCUUCGUAAUAUUAAAUCAAUUUCUAAUCUAGAUAGCCUAGACUUGAAAAUCGAUAUAACUCCACGACUUUGUAGACAUGUUCUUGUGGAAAUUCUACGGGAAUCUUCAGUUCGAUACAUAGCAUGUGAACGUGAAGCUGAUAUCAGUAUAGCAAAACUAGCUAUUUAUCUUCAAUGUCCCAUUACUAGUGGAGAUUCUGAUUUUUUGAUUUAUCGACCAAUUGAUGACAAUCAAGUCUAUAGUUUUAUUCCACUUUCAUCUAUUCUACUCGAUUGUAAGCAGAGAUCCCUCCCUUGUUCUGUUUGUAAACUUGAUGGUGCUCCAUGUUUUUUUAUAUCGUGUAAAGUUCUUAAUAAUUCAGGACCGUUUUAUAACUCAAGUAUCCUAUGUUACCACUUUUUGCCAUUCUCGUUGGUAAUGACAUAA